AUGACAACUUUCAACGCCCAUGACAUUGCAAAGGCAGCCAAAAGCGCCUUUCAAGAGGCUCAACUAAUCCCAUCUUCUGAGCGUGUAGUUGCUCUAAAUGAAAUUCGGAAAUCUUUGGAGGCUCAUAAGGCGGAAAUUAUUCGAGCAAACGAAGAAGAUUUAAGGGAAGCAGAUGUUGAAGUCAAGGCAGGAAAAAUGUCAGCAACUCUGCUCAAACGACUCGAUUUGAACAGGGGUGACAAAUGGGACUCAAUGUUGCAAGGAAUCCUCGACGUUGCAGCUCUUCCAGACCCCACUGGAAAUGUCUCGUAUGCUUCAGAACUUGACGAUGAUCUGGAACUUUAUCGUGUUGCCUGUCCGAUUGGCGUUCUUCUUGUCAUUUUUGAGGCGAGACCAGAGGUCGUGGUUAAUAUAGCGUCUUUGGCGAUAAAAUCAGGUAAUGCCGCAAUCCUAAAGGGUGGGAAGGAGUCCAAUCGCACUACAACACUGUUAGCGAAAGCUAUAUCUGCUGGUCUUUUGAAAACCGCAAUCCCUGAAUCGUAUAUCCAAGCGAUUCAGACGCGCGCGGAAGUAUCCUCGCUACUUGAGCUUGAUCAAUAUAUUGAUCUAGUCAUUCCUCGAGGUAGCAAUAGCCUAGUGAGGAACAUCCAAAACAACACCCGAAUUCCGGUUAUGGGACAUGCAGAUGGACUGUGCUCGGUCUUCGUCGAUGAGCACGCCGACGUGACGAAGGCGGUUCGAGUAGUUCUCGAUUCCAAGAUAGACUAUCCUGCGGCAUGCAACGCGUCAGAAACGCUCAUUCUACACGAAUCCGUCGUAUAUACCAUUUGGCCUACUGUGGCAGAAGCACUGCUGAAGGCAAAUGUCAAGCUUUUAUGCGAUUCUGUCAGUCUUGACGCUUUGAAGCAACUUUCUCCGAAACCUUCGAAUUUCGAAUCUCUUGUCUCUCCCUCGACGCCAUCUUCUUACGACACGGAGCAUCUUGAUCUAAUCCUCUCGGUCAUUGUCCUUCCAUCCAUACAAUCCGCUAUCCAAUUCAUCAAUUCACAUUCGUCUCAUCACACCGACUCCAUUGUCACAGAAUCAGACGUUGCUGCGUCUACGUUCUGCCGUGGUGUCGAUUCAGCAGGGACAUAUGUAAAUGCCAGCACUCGUUUUGCCGAUGGGUUCCGAUAUGGGUUUGGAACGGAAGUCGGAAUCAGUACCGGUAGAAUUCAUGCUCGUGGCCCUGUUGGGUUGGAUGGACUGGUCACGUAUAAAUACAUGAUGAAGAGCAAGGCUCCUUCGGGACACAUUGUUGGAGAAUUUGGAACAGGGAAGAAACAGUACAAACACAAACCACUGAGUGUGGCGACUGUUCCUUUCUUGGAGUGA